CUCAUGGCUUGAUACUUUGGUUAGUUGUUCCGUCAAUUGCGCGAAACCACCGUAUAAAUUUAGUAUUAUUUAAAAACGUUUGUGAUCGAACAAAAUAUAUCGAUAUUUUUCUGAAAAGAAGAUAAUCAAACCCUUUUGAAAAUGUCGUAUAUGCUAUCUCACCUCCACAAUGGCUGGCAAGUCGAUCAAGCGAUUUUGUCGGAAGAAGAUCGUGUAGUGGUGAUACGUUUUGGACACGAUUGGGACCCCACGUGUAUGAAAAUGGAUGAAGUGCUGUACAAUAUUGCUGAAAAAGUCAAGAAUUUUGCGGUUGUGUAUCUCGUUGAUAUCACCGAAGUACCGGAUUUCAACAAAAUGUACGAAUUGUACGAUCCGUGUACUGUAAUGUUUUUCUUUAGAAACAAACACAUUAUGAUAGAUUUGGGCACAGGUAAUAACAACAAAAUCAAUUGGCCUUUGGAAGAUAAGCAAGAAAUGAUUGAUAUUAUAGAGACGGUUUAUAGAGGAGCGAGAAAAGGACGGGGUCUUGUCGUUUCACCGAAGGAUUAUUCAACCAAAUAUCGUUACUAAUUUACAGUCUUUACAAAUUGUAUAUUUAUCUAUCACAUAUGUAUAGUUAUAAAAAAAAAGAAUUAAGGAUAACAGUAUUUUACAUUUGACAACAAAAGUAAAACGGAAUGGAGGAAUGAUCGAGAGAUCAUCGAGAGAAACUAAAGAAAAUUAACGACCGUUGUAUAUUUAUACAAGAGUAAAUGACACAAAGUUAUUUACAUUAUUUCAUUUGGUUUGUCAAAAAUCCAUUGGCAAUAUUAAAUUUUUCUUAUCCUAACGAAUGUUUCCUAUUUACACUUUUGAUUUAGUGAAAACAUCGAUGCGAUUGAAAGAAUGUAAAUAACAAUGUCAAUGAUUGCUUAAACAAUAUUGAAUUUAUGUACAAUCUUAUGCGAGGUGAUGCUUAUGGAAAUGACUUAUUUUUAGGACACUAUUUUGAACUGCGUUUCAACUGCUUUGGUCUUGCGGUUUUCUUUUGUAAAUUGAUGGUUUUUUCAGGUGAGAAGUGUCGUGCUCGAGCAAGUCUGGAAAUAAUGGAAAGUUUAUGUUAACAAGAGUCGUCUGUUAAAAACUCAAGGAUCAAUGAGACGAAUGAAGUUUUUCAUUACUUUGAAUAACGCACGAAUCUUCUCCCCGUCCGAAUGCGUGAGUUGAUUUCGAACGUAACAACGGUUGCAUGUUUUCGUAUAAAGACGUCGUCGAGCCUUCCGAUUCGGUAAUGUCGAAACUGAUGUCGCUACUUUUCACCUCCGGUGAAUCGAUGCUGAUAUCGUAUAUGGGAUGAUCGUGUGUAUUGGAUCGACCUUCAAAAAUCAUGUUUUUACACAUCGAUAAGAAUCAAAGAUUUGUUAAAUUCGAAUUGUUCAAAUUUUAAUUAUAACUUACCGAUAAGUUUUGGGCAAGGCCGCGUGUCAAUGGCACUCGUUGAUUUCGCACAUCUGAGGCCUUCAAUCAAACAAACGUACAUGAGAGGCAAAAUCGCAAAAUCUUGGGUCCAAACAUUAAAUUCCAUUUUUUUUUUUUAGUAUAACUAGGCGAUUUAAUCGCGCCCAAUAAAAUUUUGCUUUACAUUAUUUAAAAAAAUAAUAAAUCGGACCUCAAAAUUUUUCGAAUCGGUAGAUGAGUGAAGAAAUUAAAAAAAAAAAAAAACAAAAGAUUCUCGUUUACUCAAGUUAGAAUAAAAUUCCUCUUCUGCGAAAUUUAUUGAGAAUCAGUUUUCUUCGCUAGUGCUGUGCACAUCAAGUGUUAUAAGGACAAAUUGCUAGAUUGUGACACUUGGGAGCAGACAGAAUUACGUCGAAGUGAUAAUCCGACUUCAGCUCUUUUGAGCUGCGUGUAAAAUUGGAAUAAUCGAUGAUACAUAACAGAUUAUGUUUCACCAAUUAUUUACUCAACUUUCAAUAAAAUUAGUCUUUUUACGAAA